CAAUGGCUUCGCCUUCGUUCCUAUUCAUAGCAACGGCCAUUUUCACGGUCCUCUGCGCCGCCGUGAACGGUUGCUCGCCGUCGGAAAGGGCGGCGCUACUAGCCUUCAAAGCGGCGCUGAACGAACCCUACCUCGGUCUCUUCAAUUCAUGGACCAGCGCCAACUGCUGUCUCAACUGGUACGGCGUCAGCUGCGACGCCAACACUGGCCGCGUCACCGACAUCAACCUCCGCGGCGAGUCAGAAGACCCGAUUUUCGAAAAAUCGGGUCGCUCCGGCUACAUGACCGGAAAAAUCGCGCCGGCUAUUUGUCACAUCGACAGCCUCAAAAGUCUCGUCGUCGCCGAUUGGAAAGACGUCUCUGGCGAGAUUCCCUCCUGCAUUACCUCACUCUCCUCUCUCCACAUUCUCGAUCUCAUCGGGAACAAAAUCACCGGCGAAAUCCCCGCCGACAUCGGGAAAUUGCAGCGCCUCACCGUCUUAAAUCUUGCAGACAAUGCAAUCUCCGGCAAAAUUCCGGCGUCAAUUGUGGAACUCGGUUCCCUCAAACACCUUGACCUCAGUAAUAAUCGACUCAGCGGCGAGAUUCCUGAGAAUUUCGGGAACCUCGGCAUGCUGAGCCGAGCAUUGCUGAGUCGAAACCAGUUAUCCGGUUCAAUACCGGUUUCUAUUUCUAAAAUUUACCGGCUCGCGGAUUUGGAUUUGUCCAUGAACCGGUUAACCGGUUCGGUUCCGUACGAGCUUGGAAGAAUGCCGGUUCUUUCUACUUUGAAUUUGGAUAGUAACUUAUUUAAAGGUUUAAUACCUUCGAGUUUGUUAAGUAACCCCGGAAUGGGUAUUUUGAACAUAAGUCGAAACGGGUUUGAAGGAGCCAUACCCGAUGUUUUCGGGUCAAAGUCUUAUUUCAUGGCUUUAGAUUUGUCUUACAACAAUUUGAAGGGUCGGGUACCCGGUUCGUUGUCGUCGGCUAAGUAUAUUGGGCAUUUGGAUCUUAGUCACAACCAUUUAUGUGGAUCCAUUCCUCUCGGGUCACCCUUUGAUCACCUUGAAGCGUCGUCGUUUAGUAACAACGAUUGUUUGUGUGGAAACCCGUUGAAGACUUGCUAAGUUUUGUGGGUGACCCGAGACAUAAAUAAGUACCCGAUUUGUUAGACGAUUCUUAUGAGCCAAAGCGUGAUUUUUCAUGUUAUGUUUUUCACUUUGUUGUUUGAUGUAUGUAAUAUAAUGUUUUAGUGGUAAAGUUGAAAAAGGACAAAAAGAAAAAGAUGUGACGCAUUUG